CCGGCACCUCCCAUGGGCACUGGAUACAGCCGCGCGUUACCUGGUCCCCAGUAGCAGAGUUCUUUACCCGCCCCAGUUCUGGUUCUAACGCCCCAUCGCAUCCUGUAAAUUUAGGGCUUGGAUCUUGGCUUGUUCCCCUCCUGCUCGAACUACCUCUUCUCCGAGCCAAGCCAGCUAACGGGGCUCCUGGAAUUGCCACCCCUCUGCGGGCACCCUUGAGGUCUCCAUGGGGUGAUGUCACGGGGCAGAGCUGGACGUGAGCCUGCAUUUGCUGCAGGCAUGCUCUGUGUGGUGACUGGGCUCUGCCAAUCCCCGGGCCCACCGCUUGGGCGCGGCCGGGAAGCUCACGCCCCUCCCUGCUGAUCGGCGUCAGGCGUGACGUCCAGUGUGAUGGCUGGGAGGGCCCGGCGGCGGCAGCGGCAACAGCCGAGGCAGAGAGGAAGGCGGUUCUGAGAGCUUCAGAGAGCCCUGGAAAGCAAAAUGGGUGAACUGCCUUUAGACAUCAACAUCCAGGAACCUCGCUGGGACCAAAGUACUUUCCUGGGCAGAGCCCGGCACUUUUUCACUGUUACUGAUCCUCGAAAUCUGCUGCUGUCUGGGGCACAGCUGGAAGCUUCUCGGAACAUCGUGCAGAACUACAGGGCCGGUGUGGUAACCCCAGGGAUCACUGAGGACCAGCUGUGGAGGGCCAAGUAUGUGUACGACUCCGCCUUCCAUCCGGACACAGGGGAGAAGGUGGUCCUGAUUGGCCGCAUGUCAGCCCAGGUGCCCAUGAACAUGACCAUCACCGGCUGCAUGCUCACAUUCUACAGGCAGACCCCAACUGUGGUGUUCUGGCAGUGGGUGAACCAGUCCUUCAAUGCCAUUGUUAACUACUCGAACCGCAGUGGCGACGCUCCCAUCACCGUGGGGCAGCUAGGGACAGCCUAUGUGAGUGCCACCACUGGAGCUGUGGCCACGGCCCUGGGACUCAAAUCCCUCACCAAGCACCUGCCCCCCUUGGUCGGCAGAUUUGUGCCCUUUGCAGCGGUGGCAGCUGCCAACUGCAUCAACAUCCCCCUGAUGAGGCAGAGGGAGCUGCAGGUGGGCAUCCCGGUGACUGAUGAGGCAGGUCAGAGGCUUGGCUACUCGGCGACUGCAGCCAAGCAGGGAAUUUUCCAGGUGGUGAUUUCAAGAAUCUGCAUGGCGAUUCCUGCCAUGGCCAUCCCCCCACUGAUCAUGGACACUCUGGAGAAGAAAGACUUUCUGAAGCGCCGACCCUGGCUGGGGGCACCCCUGCAGGUGGGACUGGUGGGCUUCUGCCUGGUGUUUGCGACCCCCCUGUGCUGUGCCCUAUUCCCCCAGAAGAGCUCCAUACACGUGAGCAAGCUGGAACCAGAGCUGAGAGCUCAGAUCCAUGAGCAAAACCCCAGUGUUGAAGUGGUUUACUACAACAAGGGGCUUUGAGGAGGGUCAGCCUCUGUCCCUCCCUCACCUCCUUGGGCUAUUGCUUUAGUGGAGUCAUGUCACCCCUGCCACUUGCCUAACUGCCUCGCACUGGGCAGGAGCCUUGGUGAGCAGAUGGCCAUUGAGGGUAGCUAUCUAUUAGGCUGGGGGAGAUACCUCCAUAAGGCUUUUCCUCCCCUUUCCUCUGGUUGCAAAGAGCAGAGCACAUAACCCCUCCCUCCUGUGCUUGAGUGUCCACACAUAUACAUACAUGAUACAUGUGUGUAUGUGAACGUUGGAUCCUGAAAGCUAAGAGCAGGAAUGCUAUCCUGGUAUGUUCUGACAUCUGACUUCCCUUCUCAGCCUCACAUCCACCUGCCUGUAAGCCAGCCUACAGGUGGGACUUCCUUCUCUAAACUGUUAUACCAGCCAAGUUAUUUUUGGUGGUACCUCAUCCCUUUUAGACAUCAUAGGAGCCCCAGGACCUCAGGACAGAGACUUGGAGACAUUAGCAGGACAAAGUGGGCUGAAUCCUUCAGGUUUCUGAUACCUAGCUCCCCAAGCCGACUGGGCUUGGGACAAGGCAUGUUGGGACAAGGCAGGGGACUUAGGCAUUCCUUAGUGCCAUCGCUUGUAUCCUGGAACAGCUCCAUUUCCCCUCCUCCUCUCUACCAAAGGAGUGUCUGUGUCCUGUACUGCCCUUGCUGUCUCCCCCACCACCCCACCCUGCAGCAUGGGUAUCUUCAGGGACAGUCUUGGGAGCUCCUGGUGUGUUCUGACAUCAUGACCUCAAAUCUAAGUCCUAUAAUCCCAACUCCCUUCCCCAACCAAAAAGCCACAAAGGCAGAGCAAGCAUUCCCCUUUAAGAGCUCCCACUGCACCCCUCCUGAAGGACACAGCUGUAGGAAUGGUGCUUAAAUUCCAUAGGUAUCAGAGAGGGUGUAACUACCACAUUCUCAAAGGCAACUACGCCCCAAAUGUACAAUGUUAAGACAGGGAAUUUAGUGUUCCAUUGUCUUGUCUUUUUUUUUCUUUUGAUGGUAUUUCACUCUUUUUGCCCAGGCUGGAGUGCAAUGGUGUGAUCUUGGCUCACUGCAUCCCUCGCCUCCUGGGUUCAAGUGAUUCUCCUGCCUCAACCUCCCAAGUAGCUGGGAUUACAGUCAAGCAUCACCACAUCUGUCUAAUUUUGUAUUUUUAGUAGGAAUGGGGUUUCACCAUCUUGGCCAGGCUGGUCUCGAACUCCUGACCUCAGGUGAUCCACCUGCCUUGGCCUCCCAAAGUGCUGAGAUUACAGGCAUGAGCCACCACGCCCAGCCUGUUCCACUAACAUUUGUUAGACAUUCAGCAAAACAUCCCACUUUAACUUUUCUUUCUUGAGCCUUGGUCCUGUACCUACCUCCAUUCCCCCCCCCCCCCAGAAGAGGAAGGGCCCAGGCUUCAGUGGCUAGUCCACAUAAAAGAUGGGCUUGGGGAUGGAAUGGGUGGUGGUAAGUUCACAGAGUGUAGUCAGAUCCCAACUCCCAUGACCUCUGACUGCAGUGGUGGGUGGGGCAGGGCAGAUGAAAGGGCUCCAGUGGGAUCCUCUGAGAGCAUUUUCCUGCUUCCCCCAUCAACCUGCUCCAGUGAUAACAUCUAUGAAGCCAGCUGUUACUCAAUAAACUGCAAAGUUGUCUA